AUGACGUCGACCGAGGGGUGGGACGGGUCUGAUUCGUCCGGCGCCAGGAGGAGGACCGACGGUUCAGAAAACGGAUACCUAGCUGAUGUAGGGGAAACCACCAGCCUGCUGGGCGCCGGCGCUCGCAGCAGCAGCAACCAUGGGUCCCCCGACGAGACGAAUGCUCCCAAUCAGGACGGCAGUUGGGGCGAUGCCAUGAUCCUCAGACGCCAACUCCCUCUGACCUUGCUCAGCAUUAUCGACCUCGUCUGCAAGCACUACUUUGCCGACCGGUCAGCCACCGACCCGGACUUCACAUUCGCCCCGGUGAUUCCAGGGGGCAACAACCGGCAGUGCUUCAUCCCGGAGGUGCAGCGGUCCGUGGCCACCUUCACACUGGUGCUCAACGUCACCAUCGGCAUGCUCAGUUCUCUCACGGCGCCCAAGCUUGGGUCACUGUCAGACCGCUAUGGCCGGAAGCGCAUGAUGAUCAUCUGUUCCAUGGGCGGCAUCAUGUCCGAGAUCAUCACCAUUAUUGCUGCCAAGUACCCCGAGACGAUCGGCCACCAGUGGCUGCUACUUGGUGGUUUUUUCGACGGACUCACGGGCUCCUUCACCGCAGGGAGCGUCCUGAGCCACGCAUAUACGAGCGACUGCACUCCGCCGUCGAAGCGCGGCGUCGCUAUCGGUUACCUCCACUCGUGUCUCUUCACGGGCCUCGCCAUCGGCCCCCUCAUCGCCGGCUACCUCGUCGAGUGGACCGGUUCUCUGCUGUCCAUCUUCUACAUCCUACUCGGAUGCCACAUCUCCUUCGUCCUCUUCAUGGCCUUCGUCAUCCCCGAGUCCCUCUCGAGGAAACAGCAGCUUCUGGCGCGCGAGAAGCACGCGCGCGCAAAGGAAGCCCUCGUCCCAACUCCUGAAUGCACCGGACUCGCCCGGUCGCGGGUCCCACUCGGACGGCAGAUCAGCCGCUUAGCACGCUCCAUCUGGACGACGAACCCCCUCGCGCCGCUCGACAUCCUCUUCCCGACGGGCCCCGGCACCGGCCAACUACGGCGCAACUUCCUCAUCCUCGCCUUCAUCGACAUGGUGGUGCUCGGCACGGCCAUGAGCGCAGGCACUGUCAUCGUCAUGUACGUCGAGUACAUGUUCGAGUGGGGCAACCUCGAGAGCUCCCGCUUCGUCUCCAUGACCUCGAUGGUGCGCGUCAUCGUCCUGGUCGGCAUCCUGCCCCUCAUCAACUACCUCUUCCGCAAGCGCCCCGCCGCGCGCCGCCGCCGCGAGGCCCUCGCCCACGACCCCACCAGCCCACCCCCGCGCGAAAAGAACCACGGCGCCGACAAACUUGACCUCUGGAUCCUGCGCGUCGCCCUCGUCUCGGACGUCAUCGGCAUCACGGGCUACGUGUUUGCGCGGUCCAGCGCGGCCUUUGUCGCGUGCGCCAUCGUCAUGGCCUUUGGCGGCCUCGGGUCUGCCACCAUCCAGGCCGCCGUCACCAAGCAUGUCCCGCCCCAACGCGUCGGCCAGAUGCUCGGCGCCAUCGGCCUGCUGCACUCGCUCGCGCGCAUCGGCGCCCCCAUCGUCUUUAAUCAGCUGUAUGCCGCCACGGUGGAGGGGUUCCCGCAGGCGUUUUUUGUGAUGUGGGCGAGCAUGUUUGCGUUGGCGUUGGGCGCGUCGUUCUUUUUGAAGCCGAAUGUUUACAUGGCUGCGGACGAUGAAGUAUCUCCUUCUCCUCCCGCCCGCCCGAGCAGCAGUGCGAACGCUGUGCGGCGGGAUGCGCUGGAGGAUGAUGCGCUUUUGCCUUGA